AGAAUUUAUCUAUACCUCGAGGAUCGAAAGGGCAAUAUGUCCUAAAACCCUCAGUCACUUCAAAGUCAAAACGCAGAAAAUCACCGCAACUAUUAGCACAGUUUUUGCUCUGCUAAGAAAUGGCCGACGGCGAAGCACUCUGUGGAGCAGCUCGGAAAGGUGAAAUCAGCAGUAUUAAAUCUCUGAUUGAUUCCGGCGCCGAUGUUACCUUCUUUGACAAAGACGGACUAACUCCGCUGAUGCACGCCGCCAAGCACGGCCAUGCCGAGGUCGUAAAGGCUCUCCUCGAUGCUGGUGCCCCAUGGAAUGCCCUGUCCCCUUCCAAUGUCUCCGCCGGCGACUUCGCCAUGGACGCUGGUCAUCAAGAGGCCUUUGAAGUUCUUCUCAAUACCGCAAUCCAGGCAGAAUUAAUCCUUGGAACAAUUGCAAGGAAGGACAAUGCUAAGGGGAACUCAGAUGGGGACUAUUUAGAUGAUAGAGUUACUUUUAGUGAAGAUAAAAUUAUGGACUCUGAUAGUAAGGCUAUUAUGAUGGCUUGGGAGAAGCCAUUGAUGGAAGCUCAUGCGAAAGCUGUCUGCUCAAAUGGCGGUCACAUACUGAACAUUGGAUUUGGGAUGGGCCUUGUAGAUACCGCCAUACAACAAUAUGCUCCUUUAUCACACACUAUUAUUGAAGCUCAUCCAGAGGUCUAUGAUCGUAUGAUGCGCGCAGGUUGGGGUGAGAAGGAGAAUGUGAAAAUCAUAUUUGGUCGGUGGCAAGAUGUCAUUUCUAAACUUGAAACCUAUGAUGGCAUAUUUUUUGAUACUUAUGGGGAAUAUUAUGAAGAUAUGCGGGAAUUUCAUCAACAUCUUCCUAGGUUAUUGAAGCCAGGUGGUAUAUAUUCAUUUUUUAAUGGUCUAUGUGGAGGUAACCCCUUCUUUCACAUCGUAUACUGUCAGCUAGUCUCUCUAGAACUUGAGAGCUUGGGAUAUUCUACGCAGCUGAUACCAUUACCAGUGAAGGAUUGUUUAGGUGAAUCUGUGUGGGAGGGUGUUAAACAGAAGUACUGGCAGUUAGAUACAUAUUACCUUCCUGUUUGUCAAUCUAUGAGCGAAUCAGAAUGAUAUUAUUGGAGCACUGAUUAUGUGGCACCAGAUGAAAAAGCCUCCUAGGAUCCUCUUCGUUUCUUGUUGUGUAUUCAUUUUGUAACGAGUUUGGUAGUAUUUUCAC